AUGUGUAGAGAGGUGUUCGUAAUCGCCGCGCUCCUCACCUACCUCUUUCAGCACACCGAGGCUUCCUGCGCCAACUCGCUAGGACGUAAGUGAGGGCUAUCGGAGAGAUCCUUGGGGGCAGUGGAGAACAAAAUAGAAUUGAUAACUUGAAAGAAAGUUUUACAAGUGCUCAUCGCACAAAUUUUGUGUUUUUUCAGGCGUUUUUGCGAUUUGGGUUACUGUAAUCGUCAAAAACAGUCGGCUAAGAGAUUUCCCCGAUUCCUGAGAGCUUCUUGUCCUAGGAUUUUCAAAUCAGUCUGUCGGGAAAAUAAUGAACACCCUGUGGCAUCAAAAAUUGUAUCAUUGCUGAAAAAAUGAAUUGUGUCGCGGCAAAAAUAAGUUGCUUUUCACUUCAGCGACGCGAUUGGCGCAGUGACAGUGUGCUCAUUACUUUCCCGACAGACCGAAAGCAUUUUCAUAAAGUUCAUGGACCUUUGUCGCGACCCGCACCGUGCACGAAAAACCCCCCGUCUUGCACCGUACAUUUGACCUUUUGUUGGCUUUUGCACUGUGCGAAAUAUCGCUGCGACAUAGGCAUGUUUCAACGUUGUCGCGGAUCUGCGUCGGCGACGCCAGGAAUUUGCACAGUGCAAGCCAUUUUUUUGCGGUUUGCACGGUGCAAUAAGCGAAAAAUGCACUGUGCGUUGGCGACAAUCGUGGGAAAAUGUUCCAAAUGCACUGUGCGAAAAAAAAUUUUGCCUUUUAUCGCGAACGCACAGUGCGUUCCGCCUUUUUUUGCCCUGUUUGUCGCUCUCUUUUCGCACCGUGCGUCUCGCCUUUUGUUCGGCUUUGCACCGUGCGAAAUAUCGCCGCGACGUAAGGAAGUUUCAAUGAUGUUGCUGCGACAGAAAUUUGCACAGUGCAAACGGCUUUUUUGCGGGUUGCACGGUGCGGAAAAGAUGCACUGUGCGUUGGCGACAAGCGUGGGAAAGAGUUCAAAAUGCAAUCUGCGAAAACGAAAAAAUGUCCAUGCACUUUAUGAAAAAACUCCGAGACAGUAACCCAAGUUUGUAUUCGUAAAAACCGGCUGCUUCUUUCUUCUGUCCCUAAGUUUCCUGGUUUCGCUUCGCAUCCCAACCUUUGUUCUAUUUGCAGCGUGCGUCGGCAACCAAUGUCCAUCCCAACAAGAGGCGGGAGGCCUGUACACUUGCAUAGCUGAUAUGUGCUGUAAGUCUGCUACGACUUUUUGCUGUUUACUCAGCUUACUCUCGCUCAUGUCUUCGUCCGUGUAGUUGCCGAUUUUUUGUAGGUCAGUCGUGGCAACGGAUUAUAUUUUUUGAUUGGAAAGGACAAUGUAACCGGUGAAUAGUCUGUCUAUAUUGAAUUCCGAAAACCUGUAGCGGAAAUUCUAAGUUGAUGGGUGCAGAAUUGUGAGAACUUUUUGUCUUGGCCGUUAGAAGGCCGUUAGAAGUUGUGGACUUUUUCCUUGCUGUUAGGUCGAAUUUCGGUCGAAAAAUCGGAUGCUAUUGGUAUUAUGUAAAAAAGCAGUAAAUUUUCUAAAUUUCAUCUUGCAGCGAUCUUUGAAAAGCAGUAUUGCAUUUCCACACUUUCUCGGUCUUUGGCGAUAAAUUUGAAAAAAUUGCAAGUUCCAAACCCUUCCUGUAUCAUCAAAGUCUGCAUCACCAACUUCUCUAACCCCUGUUCGUCUGCCCGCUUGUUGUGCCCUAUUUCCGCCCUGUUUCAGGUCCCUCGCAAGGCUUCGGAGCUUGCCAAGACCGCGCAAUCAACUGUCCGCUCUUCCUGACCUACUGUCGAAGCCAGCCUUAUACCCAAUGCAUGCAGCGGAACUGCGCGCAUACCUGCGCGUAUUGCGGAUGAGCUGCAAAAAGGUUCAAGGUUCAGAGCCUUACAAAAACAUCGUCAACCAUCGUCUUUCAUACUGAACAGCGCUUUCAACCACUAAUAAUAAUAACUUACUGUUUCAGAUUUAAUUAUUGACAAGGGAAGUGCUUGAAGUGCGACGCUCAGAUUUUCUUGAAAUUUGCGUACACUAUGGGCUAAGUAAAAAUUCCUGAGAGUUUUAGCUAGCGCUUCCAAGGGGUAGCCGAGAUAUUCAACAAUUUUUUUUGCGGACGAGAGAGCAUGCGAAAGGCCGAGGGCGGAGACAAGGAUAAAACCAUUUUUAUGCCAUAUCUUUGCCAGUUUCGUUUGGAAAAAAUCUUUUUUGUUGAAGAAGAAAGUACAGUGGUAGACCUGAUCCAGUGGCAAAAAACGUACCUCUUUGCAUCUGUGAGGUAAUAAAAAUGCAGCAAAAUACCUCUAUGAGGCCUUUCAUGGCAAAACUCGCAAAAAAAAUGUCAAACUUUUCGCUAUCUUCGACCUAAAAUAUCCUAAAAAUCACGGUUGUUUUUGCCAAUCUUGAGCUAGCAGUCUCGUAUACGCCUUAUCGAAAAAAUAUUCUAAAUUUGUGCCAAGUUUCAUCAAGAUUUGAGCGUCGCACUUGUAGUACUUCCCCUGUAAAUAGAGGUCAUAAACUUGGGGCCUUUGUAAAUUUGAAUAAAUCUGUAAUAAAAACUUUAACGGUGCUUAGUUCUUAUAAUAAAAAUCUGCUAGCGUUUUCAUACAGAUCUAGCCCGCAAUCGCAAUUUUCAGCAUGCAUUGCCAACGAAUGCCCCAAUAAGAGCGACGCCGGCCAAGACUACGUCUGCAUCCAGGACACGUGCUGUAAGCUGCAAUGUCCGAUAACAUGAGAUUUCAGGCCCACCAACCUCCGGUUGUAACGAUGGAGCGGUGAAUUGUCAAAUGUUUACGCAAGAAUGUAAGUGACUCAGUUUGAUGGCGUUUGAACUUGGAAGUUCUAUUGAAGAUGCCUUGCUAGGUCUACGUAUCAGUCUGUCGGGAAAAUAAUGAGUUUGUCGCAUCGAAAAUCGCAUCGACGCCAAAAAAUGAAUCGUGUCGCGGCAAAAUCAAAUUAAUUUUCGCUUCAGCGACACGAUCGACAUUGUGCUCAUUAUUUUCCCGACAGAAUGAUAUAGGCGGGCCUACGUAUCAGUCUGUCGGGAAAAUAAUGUGGAAUUGUCCAUCAUCUGUUUGCGACGGCUAGCCGUGGCUGGGGACAUGGUGUGUAUCAGCGACGAGGCGAGAUAUACAUACAUAUUUCCGCGAUAAAUCCACAUUAUUUUCUCGACAAACUGAAAUGAUUAGUUUUAUGCACUUUGGGAAUAAGCACAAAUAUCCAUGCACUUUAUGAAAACAAUACUAUCAGCCUGUCGGGAAAAUCAUGUGGAUUUUUCGCAGCAAUAUGUUUCGUCUCGUCGAUGUCGCGCGCCAAAUCUGGGGGAAAUUCCAAGGCGAGAAAAAUCCACAUUAUUUUCCCGACAGACUAUUAUGCAGGCCCGUUUGGAUCAUUCUAUCGGGAAAAUAAUGAGCACAAUGUGGACGAAUCCACAUUAUUUUCCCGCCAAACUGUUAUUAACUUUCAGGCUUCACCUCAAUGUAUCGCGUCUGCAUGAUGCAGCAUUGCCGUCGGACCUGCGGUCUGUGCCCGGCCACUGGCGGAGGCUCUUCGAAUGGAGGCUCCUCUAGUGGAGCCUUUGCUUUCGGAUAA